AUGAAUAGUAAUGAACCAGCACCUACGGUUGAGGAGGAUCAGCACCCUCUAUCGAAUAAAUUUGAAUUGAAUGGCAGUGAAAAGCAAGUUCCACCCGAAAAUUCCAAUAACUCAUCUUCUCAAAAUGUCACCCAGAAUGCGAUAAAACGUAUCUAUAUUAAUCUCGAGGAGCCCGAUUAUGAUAAUGAGGAGGCUUUCGAUUAUGAUAAUGAGGAGCUGAAUAAUGAUAAUAUACAGCCAAAUAUCAUGGAAAAUCAAGCAGAAAUUCGCCGAAGAAUUCAUUUAUACAGCCAGAUAUGUCCUCAAACUGGAGAAGAACGCGAAUAUUCACCAUCACCACAUGAAGGAUUCACAACAGAUUUGGAUAAAGAUACAAUUGUAAUUUGCUCUAGAUGCAAUCAUGGAAUGGAGAAUGGGAUGUGCGUAUUAUACUGUGGAUAUGUGGUUUGUGGAGACUGUGGAACAUUAUACAAAAAAGAUAGAUUUCUUUCUGUCGAGUCUGCAAAGAAUAUAUUGCGAAAGACAAAGUUACUAGACUUUUCUUUUAAUUAUCUCAUUUAUUAA